GUACUACUACUAAUAGUUCUAGUAAAACUAUUACCACUACUACUAGUACUACUACUAUUAGUACUACUAUUGUUUGUACUGCUACUGCCAGUAAUACUAAUACUAGUACUAGUAUUAUAAGUACUAUUAAUACUAGUACUACUACUAAGAUUAAUAUUACUUCUAUUACUACUACAACUAGUACUACAACUACGAGUAUUACUACUAAUAUUAAUACUAAUACUAGUACUACUAUUACUUGUAAUAAUACUACUAAUACUACCACUCCUUGUACGACUACUACUAGUACUACUAAUACCAGUAAUACUAAUAUUAGUACUACUAAUAAUUGUUCAACUUCUACUAGUACUUGUACUACUAACACUAAUUCUAUUAGUACUAAUAUUACUAGUAAUACUACUACUACUACUACCAUUACUUGUACGACAACUACUAGUAUUGCUUAUACUAGUAGAACUACUUCUAGUAAUACUACUACUAGUACUACUACUACUAGUACUAAUAUUACUAUUACCACCACUAAUUGUACGACAACUACUAGUUCUACAACCAGUAAUAAUAAUAAUAGUACUACUACUGCUAGUACUACUACUUGUAGUACUACUACUACUAGUAAUAUUACUAAUAGUACUACUACUACUAGUAUUAAAUUUAAUUGUAAGAAAACUAUUAGUAAUACUACUAUCAGUAAUACUACUACAAGUAUUACAAAUACAAGUACUACUACUACUAGUACUACUACUACUAGUAAUAUUGCUACCAGUACUACUACAUCUAGUACAAUUACUACGAGUAUUACUACUAAUACUGGUACUAUAACUACUAGUAAUAAUACUACUAAUACUACCACUACUUGUACGACAAUUACUGGUACUACUACUAAUAGUAAUACUACUGCUAGUACUAUUAAUACUGCUACUACUAAUAAUUGUUCUACUACUACUAGUACUACUACUACUAUUACUAAUACUGCUAGUACAACCACUAAUUGUACGACAACUACUAGUACUACUACCAGUUAUACUACUACUAGUACUAAUACUAAUGGUACUACUUCAAAUAGUUCUACUACUACAGCUAUUACUAGUAUUACUAAUACCAGUACUACUACUAAUAGUAUUACUACUACUAGUCGUACUACUAUUAGUCGUACUACUACCAGUACUACUACUACUACUACUACUAGUACUAUUACUACUACUACUAGUACUAAUACUACUAGUAACACCACUACUAGUACUAUUACUAUUACUAUUAUUACUAGUACUGCUACUGCUAGUAAUAAUACUAGUAGUACUACUACUAGUUAUACUACUACGAGUAUCACUACUAAUAGUAAUAAUUAUGCUAGUACUAUUACUACUAGUAAUAAUACUACUAUUACUGGCACUCCUUGUACGACAAUUACUAAUAUUACUACUACCAGUAAUACUACUACUUGUACUAUUACUACUGGUACUACUAAUAAUUGUUCCACUACUACUAGUACUACUACUACUACUGCUACUACUAGAACUACUACUACUAGUGCUAAUACUACUAGUAGCACCACUAAUUGUACGACAACUACUAGUAUUACUACCAGUAAUACUACUACUAAUAAUAAUACUAAUGGUACUACUUCAAAUAUUUCUACUACUACUGGUAAGGCUGCUACUCGUACUAAUACUAUUAGUACAACUACUACUAGUACUACUACUACCAGUAAUAAUACUACUAGUGCUGGUACUACAAGUAUUAUGACUACUAUUACUACUUAUACUACUGGUAAUACUACUCCUCGUUCUACAACUACUAAUACUACUACUAUUAGUACUACUACUACUAGUACUGCUAAUUCUCGUACUAAUAUUACUUGUACGAAAACUACUAUUAAUACUACUACCAGUAAUACUACUACUAGUGCUACUACUACAAGUAAGAAUACUGCCAGUACUAUUACUACUAGUACUACAACUACUACUAAUACUAUUCCUCGUUCUAAUACUAAUAGUACUAAUACAAAUACUACUAAUAAUAUUAGUUCUACUCUUACUAGUACUAUUACUACUUGUACUAGUACUAGUAGUACUAUCACAACUUGUACGAAAUGUUCUAUUUUUAGGACUACCAGUAAUACUACUACUAGUACUACUAAUAAUAGUACUACUACUACAAUUACAACUAUUACUAGUAUUACUACUAAUAGUACUACUACUACUAGUAAUACUACUACCAGUAUUACUACUAAUGGUACUAAUUCAAAUAGUUCUACAACUAAUGGUAAUGCUACUACUCGUACUAAUACUAUUAGUACAACUACUACUAGUACUACCACUACCAGUAAUAAUACUAAUAGUACUAGUACUACAUGUAUUAUUACUACUAUUACUACUACUACUGGUAAUACUAUUCCUCGUUCUACAACUACUAAUACUACUACUAUUAGUACUACUACUACAAGUACUACUAAUUCUCGUACUAAUAUUAUUUGUACGACAACUACUACUGAUACUACUACUAGUAAUUCUACUACUUAUACUACUACUAAAAGUACUAAUACUACUAGUACUAUUACUACUAGUACUACUACUACUAGUAAUACUACUACUAGUACUACCACUAUUUUUACGACAACUACUAAUAAUAUUAUUACCAGUAAUACUACUAAUAGUACUACUACUACUAGUACUACUAGUACUAGUAUUACUAACACUA